UUGUUAUCAUCCAAGCACAUUGAUGCUCUGUGUAUUGUUUUCACCUGUGAAAUGCGAUGUACACAAAAAAUAUUCAAAAUAUUUGUAUUGCGCUUGCGUUGUAAUCGUAUAGGAAUGAGACACUUUGACAAUUUCCAUCACACAAUGAACCGUAGACAAGUUGGGCGAGUCGAAAAUUAAUUGAAUUAGUUCUAAUUUAAGAUAAAUUUGUAAAAAAAAUAGUUACCAAACCACUUAGUUACAAAUAAUGAAUUAAAAAUUCCACAAAAGUGAUACGCACAGUUACCAAAGUGAUGAAAAAAUGUUAAAACAAGAGAAUUUAGCAGCAAAUUUCUGUGGUUUAUUGACACGCCACUAUAAUUAUCGAAAAUCAGCAAUAGAAUGGCGUAUUUUGGGCCAAGAACAAGACGGUUCGAUGCUUGCAUCAUGGAUUUCAUUAUCGCUUAAUGAGACGCCAAUCGAACGAAGUCACAUUGGCCUCUACAAUGCAAUGGAAAAGAAAUUUCAAAUUUUGCAUUCGUUUGAUAAGCGUGAGAAUUGCAUUCAGGCAUCAGUCAAUAAUAGUCGUACUUUAUUGACAUAUGUGGUAAAAGAUAUUCGCACAAAGUACACUGCCAGCAAUGCCGAAUGUAUUUCGGAAUUUAUUUAUAUACCGUACAUUGUUGAAGUGAAGACGAAUAGUGAUGCACCAUCGAAAUGUAAACCAAAAUGUCUAUUGCUGGAUGGUUCAAAGAAACAAGUAAUGACACAGUUUUUAUGGCAGAAAAAAUCGAUAUUUGAAAAAACAUACGAAGACAAAGUCUUGCUGUUCAUUCAUGAUGAUUGCAUUUCAAUGCUCAAAACAAAAUUGAUAAAAAUCGAUGGCGAUGGUGACGGUGGGAAAAUUGAUUUAAAAAAUGUUGAUAUCUGGGCACUGGAUAUCGAUUCAAUCUCACGUGAAAUAAUUGUCAGACAUUUUAUAUGGGCCCAAUGGGAUUCAAGUACGCAAGCAUUGUUUUAUAUUCAUUUGAAACCGACGGUGAAAAGUUCGUUGGAGAAAGAUGACGAGAACCUUAAAGAGAAUGAUACUUCAACAACAACAACACUUUCGGCACAUCAAUUUCAUGAGAAUUUACCGCGAGAGACUGUGAUGAACAUUCCAUUAAAUUUGCCAAAUAUUCCAUUGACAUCAUCAGCGCCAGUAUAUGAUGAUGAUACAGUUCCUCUUCGUAUUCACGAUUCCUCGUUAAAUUUGAUCAUCGUAACCGAUCAGUCUGGAAUGUUAUUCGUAUGCCAUUAUUGUAUUUAUCAACCGAUUAAUUUACCCGACGAGGAGCUCGAUUCAGCCAUUGUAUCGCCCAGUGAAAGUGAAUUAAAACAUGACAUUGAACCGACACAAUCUGAUUCCCAUGUACAAGCAGCCACCGUUCAUUUUAGCUAUUCGGUGACUCUUCUUCAUCAAAAUUGUAUCAUACAUUGUGCAAUUCCAGGGAUACCAUUGGAAAAGGCCAAAUUCAUGAAGCCAACAUUUACUAUGCACGGUGAUCACAUGCUUGUUUAUCAACCGGAUAUUUUUUGUCAUUUGCUUGAUGUUGGUUUAACACAUGAACCAUGCUGUCACAUUGUUUGUGCGCCGAAUUUCAAUUCACAAACCGAACAGCGUCUAACGCAUCUGGUGCCAUGUUUGAAAUGGGGUUCGAUUGCAUUCGAUACAAACACAUUGAAUUUGAUUUCGAUUAAUGUUCCAAAAUCGCAUUUGAUCGAUGCAUUCAAAACUAAUAAAUCAAUUGACAAUCGCUUGAGCAUUCUACAUUAUUUCCUGGUUCAUUCGAAUGACAUGGAUAUUCUAUCGGAGCUCAUCGCAAUCAUAAUGGAAGCGGCGGCAGGCUUGGAUACCGUUCCACUUUUAAAAGAAGCCUUCAUAGCUGGCACGUAUGCAUCAACUAUGAAAAGUCUGCCAAAGGAUGCAUUGCCAUUAGCGCGACUAUUGCCAUUGACAUCGUGCAAUACGAAGAAACCACUGCAGGCCAAAAUUAGCAAUCUUUCCAAUGGAAUUUCACAUGAAAUCCUUCACAGUACGACGAUGAUGUUGCUAUCGCCGCAACAACGUUUGUCACCAUUUAAAGUGGAUAUUUGGACUAAAUUGUGGGAGCGUUUGAAUGAUAUAAAUAAAACACAACCACGAUUUGCGCAUGAAAUCGUUGUUGAAAAACUUAUGUAUUCAUUGGCAUGCUAUCAACCGGAAGCAUUGUCGCGAUGCACAACACCAAUGUCACCGGGCGGACCGUUGUCACCAAUGAAUUUCAUCGAUUAUGGAUCUCGUCGUUUAAGCUCGAAUAAUGUAUUACCAUUUUUGGAAAUUGAAACGUCUACCGCAACGAAACAGGAACAUGUCAUAUCGGUUAAUCUUCGUGAGCUGAGUGUUUAUUUGGUAAAGCACACUGCGAAACAAAAUACCGGAUUUCGCUGGUUGAAAGACGCUCACAUCGUUCAAGCACCCAGUCAUGUCAAUACAGUUGCAUCACAAUAUGCAGCCGCUCAAUUGGAAUUAUCUCGUGCUCUCUGCGUUUUUGUUUGCCGGGCUGCUGGUGUUGAUGCUCGAUUUGCACCAUGCCGUGGCUUUACAUUAAUUGAUACUUUGCCGGUGCAUCAGCUGAAGAAAUUGUUUUUAAUCCUUGAACGCUACUUCAGUGCAAUUGAAUCAAUUGCCUUUCCACUUCCACAAGGUUUUUCGGCAUUUUUUGCAUAUCUUGGCUAUCACGCACUCGACUUCAAGACAUUUUUGCAAUAUGUGGACCAUAAUGUAUUCGAACUACAAAUCGAUGUUCUUAAUGGCAUUUUUAAAGCAAUUGGAAGUGACUCACCAAAAGCGGCCGAAAGAAAACAUUUGAUUUUAUCGAAAGUACCGCGUUCUCGUUCAUAUCGGAUCCUAAAAAAUCUGAACGAUUCACGUACAUUACGUGUAUUGGGUCGGGAUCAUGCCAACGCAAUAUUGUCGGGUGCCAACAGUGCAAAUUCACGGAAAAACUCGAAAACUGUGUCAAUCGGUCGACAAAAGGAAGAUGAGAAAUUCUCACCGUUGGACACAUUUUUGGAUUUAUUAACAGCCAAGGCUAGCCUGAAUGAGCUCGACUUCAACCUUUUGAUUGAAACAACAAUGCGCUCUCUCGAAGAAUCACAAAUUUAAUUAUUUAUUUUGUAAUCGACACCAAAUCAGUUUUUUUUUGUACGGGGUUAUACAUUUACAUCUUUAGAAUUUUAAAAUGAAAUAAAACAAAGUACGAUUCGAUGUGCCUUAUAUCCGCUUAUAUCGCAAAAAUUAUAUUUAUAUAAACACGGAACGGAAAAGAAACAAAUCGCAGUUGGGUUGGAUCAGAGUCGUCUAAAUUUUUCGAAUUUGCGGAUGUAACAGCCGAUAAUCCACCAAAAAAUUGGGCCCGGUCAAAAUCGAAUCGUGCUUUGUUUUAUUUAAUUUUAAAAUCAUAAAACUUUGGAUAACCCUGUAUAUAUUUGUUAUUAAUUUUUGUUCCAUUGUGAUGUUAUUCAUUUUUACCAGUACAAUUAUACAGUGUUCAAUACAUAUAGAUUAUAAU